AUGCUGGAACUGCCUGGGAAGGACAACAGGGACCUUACGCCUGCCCAGCAGAUGCAUGCUCAUGAGGAGGAGGAUCACGAGGGCCUGGCCGAGAUGAUCGAAGCACACGUGCGUGAAGAGGACACGGAGUUCUUCGUGAUGCAAAGCUUCCCGAUCUUCACUUUGAUCCAGUCCCUGGUGAUCUUUCUCAGCUAUGUGGUGCUUUCAUCCACUUCCGGGAAAGGCCUUGCAGGCUUGGAGACUUUCUUCCCCGGGCGGACCGACUUGGCUUUGACCAAUGCAGCUCUCACGCUGCAGACCGAGGCCCCCUGUCAGGAUUACCGCUGGCAGUUGUGGCGCCCGAUAACGUACCAGUACUCGCACGCCUCCUUCUCCCACAUGAUCGGCAAUGUCCUCUUGCUGGUCCUGUGUGGGAUCAACCUGGAGGGCUUUCACGGCAGCCUCAGGAUGAUGUGGAUGUUCGAGGUCGGAGUGCUAGGCGGCGCUGGCGCCGUCUGUGUCUUCGACAGCCACACAAGGGUGGUGGGGAUGAGUGGGGGCGCCUAUGCGCUGCUAGGGAUGCAGCUCGGGGACGUCCUGCUGAACUGGGAGCGGAAGUCGGCCCCGUACCGGCUGGCGUUCAUCUUCUUGCUCGUCCUGGUCGAGGUUAUGCUCUUCCUUUUCAACACUCAAGAUGAGAUCAGCUAUUCUGCGCACUUGGGAGGUGGCGUGGCUGGUCUUCUGUUGGUCAUCGUCUUCGGCCGGAACUUGACCGUAAAGACUUACGAUCUUGAGGUGCAGGUGAUUCGACUCGCGAAAGUCCUGCUGUUCGGUCUGGCCGCCUUCUGUAUCUGCUGGUCUCUGAUCCACUGGCCACCAAUGAGCCUGUUAGACCAGGUGCCCUGGUGCUGGGCCCGGGAGGUCAGCAACGAGAUGCUCUUUGGGGAUGGGGAGUUCCACUGUGUCCGAUGUGAUGGCCCCGCCUGUAUUGCACGGCCGGGGGCUUGGCCCUAUGGGAUCAAAGUCUGCGAGUUGCACUGGGUCUUCGUGAUGUGGCUGAUUGCGGUUUAUUCGAGAGUAUUCUGA